GAAAAGUCAGGCUGACAAACAGGAUGCCGGAGUAAAAAAAGCCUCUUUGCUUUUGCUUUUUCUACAUCACCUCUUGCUUUUGGACACACUUGUGCGAGCGAAAAGGCUGAUUUCACCGCUGUUGUUUUGUUUGUGUUUUUUUUUUUGUUGACUGGAGAGAGUCAACAUGAUGGAUCCAGAUCUCAGGUUUAUGGAGGAGUUUGUGGACGUCAGCCCUACCCAGAGGAACUGGAAGGGCAUUGCGAUUUCUCUGCUGGUGAUUGUGGCCGUCUGCUCGCUCAUCACCAUGUCAGUGGUGCUACUCACGCCUGCGGAGCUUCCAGGCAGCAGCAAGUCCAUACUGACCGUGUCAGAUCUGCACAGACCCGAAUUCAACGCACAUGAUCCCGAGGCUACGUGGAUCAGUGACUCGGAGGUGGUUUACAGGAACCGCGAUGGUCAUGUCAUCAAGUUCAACAUUGCUCUGAACGAAACAGAGGUUCUUCUGAAUAGCAGUACUUUUGUUGCUUUCAAGGUGGCAAAGUACUGGCUGUCGUCCGAUCUGAAGUAUGCACUCUUCGCUUAUGACGUCAAACAGGUGUACAGAUAUUCAUACACUGCUUCUUACAUCGUCUACAACAUCUACACUCGAGAAGUGUGGGAGCUGAACCCUCCAGAGGUACAGAAUGCUGUGCUCCAGCACGCAGCAUGGGGAAGACAAGGACAACAGCUGGUUUACAUUUUUGAGAACAACAUCUAUUGCCAGUCAGACGUGAAGGGCAACUCUCUGAGGAUCACCUCAUCUGGUAGCGAAGGUGCCAUCUUUAACGGCAUUGCAGACUGGCUGUACGAAGAGGAGAUCCUGCACUCCCACUUGGCUCAUUGGUGGUCCCCCGAUGGAGAGAAACUGGCUUUCCUGACCAUCAACAACACUCUGGUGCCCAACAUGGCUCUGCCCCAGUUCACGGGCAGCACUUAUCCUAGAGGGCUCCAGUACCCCUAUCCUAUGGCGGGUCAGACAAACCCUGUUGCCAAGGUAUUUGUGGUCAACCUGAUUGGAGCCACUCACACUCAAGAACUGCACCCACCGGAUCAGCUCAGACACAGGGAUUUCUAUGUCACCAUGGUGAAGUGGAUCAGUAACACCCACCUGGCUGUCAGGUGGAUCAACCGAGCCCAGAAUUUCUCUCUCCUCACAGUGUGUGACACGACCAUUGGAGUCUGUCAUCUGAGACACGAGGAAUCUACGGAGGCGUGGCUCUCCAGACAGAACCAGGAGCCGUUGUUCUCCAAGGACAGGAGCAGGUUUUUUCUCACUCUUCCAGUCAAACAAGGAGGUCAGGGAGAUUUCCACCACAUCGUAAUGUUCGGCAAAAAAUCACGUGGAAACCAGGAUGAGGUUCGACACCUGACAUCCGGAGACUGGGAGGUGACAAAAAUUCUGACUUUUGAUGAAGUCAACCAGAUCAUAUAUUUCCUGAGCACAGAGGAGUCUUCACAGCAGAGACAUUUAUACAGCGUGUCCACCGUUGGCCUCUUCAUGCGCCGAUGUCUUACGUGUGCACUGAAGGAGGAUUGUCUAUUUGUUGAUGCACAAAUCAGUCCUGACGCACAGCAAGCUAUCAUUCACUGCAAAGGUCCUGGAGUUCCAACUGUGCUGCUGUUGGCUUUGGAAGAUACUGACUCGUACAUCAUCAUGGAGGAUAAUCUCCCCCUGUGGACGGCGCUGGAAACAAGACGUACUAUUGGGAGAGAAAUCCGAAUGAUCUCGAAUGAAAACUUUGAGCUGCCUCUGAAGCUCAUCUAUCCGCCAGACUUCUCAGAGUCUUUCCUUUAUGGUCUUCUUCUAAUUGUUGGUUCCUCCCCCGGUGCACAAACUGUGACAGAGGAGUUCAGCGUGAGCUGGGACUGGGUGCUGGUGGGAUCAGAGCAGGUCAUUGUGGCGAGGCUCGAUGGCAGAGGGUCAGGCUUCAGAGGCCAAAGGGUUCUUCAGCAAGUUCAUCAGAAGCUCGGCACUGUGGAUACAGAAGACCAGAUUGCUGCCCUGGAGUAUCUGGUGAAGCUGCCAUUCAUCGAUCACACACGUGUUGGUGUCUUUGGAGAGGACUAUGGGGGCUACCUCACGCUCAUGAUGCUGAAGGCCAACCAAAAGCUGAUAAGAUGUGCUGCAGCUCAGUCUCCGAUCAUUGACUGGAGCAUGUACGCGUCAGCCUUCUCAGAGCGAUAUCUGGGGUUCCCUUCUGCUGAGGAGAGCAAAUACCAGACGUCCAGAGUGGUGCCCAACAUGAAGGGUCUCCAGGGAGGAACUCUGUUCUUGGCGCACGGGACUGCGGACGAAAACGUUCACUUCCAGCACUCAGCAGAGCUCAUCAAACAUUUGAUAAAGAUCGGAGCCAACUACACCAUGCAGAUCUACCCUGACGAAGGGCACUUCUUGUCAAAGCGCAGCCGGAUCCAGCUGACUCACUCUUUAAUCGGCUACUUCAGAGGCUGUCUUUUGGGAGAUUCCUCAUUAAUCGACCAACAACAAGAGGAUGAGUGAAAACAAAGCAGAUGUUAUCAGUGUUUAUUUGAUCCCUCCUUAUGUGUGUAUAGAUUUUCUACCUGUAGCACCAAAUUAGAAGGGAAAAAAACAUCUAAAAUUAAGAUUAGUUUCUGUUUUCUCUUCACCUGUUGGAAAAAAGCUCCAUGAGUCAUGAAGUGUUGUCAAAUUGAAUGGCACUGACUUCAGUGUAGAGGCUUCACUAGCACUAUAAUCUGAUGGAAUAAGCCAUCAUUUUUAGGCUUGCCGUAAAUGUUGUGAUGUCGCUUCCUCUGCUCUGACACGGCCUUUUAUUUUCUUCCUUUUUUUUUUUGACUGCAGAUUUGUCACAUGUCACAACAGCAACAGCCAAUGACCACAAAGACUCAGACACCCAAGACAUUAAAGAUAGACAACAAACAGCAAAGACCUUCACAUAGUGUCACCAUACGUAAAAACACAAAGCUCCAAAAAAAAAAAGCCACAUCUAACACAACACAAUGAAUAAAUAAAUACCGAUAAUAUAUGGGCAUAUAUCAUGACAAAAAUAAAUAAUAACUGUGUGAAAAUGUGUGUAUAAUGAUUUUCCCAUCAAAGUUUAGUGUUGUACAACCUGACAGCACUGGGCCGAAAGGAACUAGGAAAUCCUUCGUGACUUCUUCUGACAUUAUCCCCCUCGACAGAUGACUUUAAAUGCGCCACGUUGAUAUCCAGUUUGUACACCGCAUGCAUUCACUUGACUCGUGCGACCACAGUAGAACGUUGGAGGAAGGAGGAUGUAGUCCUUUGAUCUCUCUUCUGUCAGUGACGUAUUGCAACAGCUUCUUUCCUUAUUUCUAUUGAUGAUGCUUUGGCGAGACACUUGCUCCCGUACCAGAAUGUGUGACUCAGCUGAACCAAGAUAUUCAGAUUGAGAUUUAGCUACGGUCAAAGGCAUCCUUGCUGGUCAGCAAAAUGAGUGUGAAACUGGCCUCUAGUGACAGAGGAACAUUGCUCCAAGUGUAUGUACAUGACUGUUAUGUGGUCACAAGCUUAUCUCUGUCUCAAGCUAGUUUUGAUCUCAACGCUUGUUACCGCUAUAGUAACCCAGUAGAAAUCACACUGUGACCCCAGGUGUCAAGGGAAACUCUUGCCGUGCAGCAAUAGCGCUAACCACUGCCUUCUGCGCGGCUCACUGAUAGCCGUGCGUGCUAAUUCAUUUUUUUAUAUUGAAGCUGAAUCCAUUCAAUUCAGCUGUUUCUUUUCUCUUUUUAGGCAGCAAAAGCUUUUAAGGACUCAUCCUGAAAUGUUUUUAUUUUCAAAUCCAGUUUUUAAUAGAUGUCCAAAUGUAUGUAUUAUAUUUAAUGUUGAUGCUUAAAAUUGAUUUUCUGCUGGAAACAUUUCCAUUAUUAUAGUAUUAUAUAUUAAUAUUAGUAUAAUGAAGUGGCUUUAAAUUAAAUAUGAAAUAAGGACAAUGUAAAUAUAUGCAAAAUGUGAUGAUUGAGCUCAGUUCAAAUUGUUUUCAUUUGAUCUCAUCAGUCUAAAAAUGUUUCUGAAGACCAUGGAGUGAAGUGUUCAGAUGACACAUGCCUGUUGUACAUUUCCUGUCAUUUGUUAUUAAAUACA